AUGCGUUCCACUUAUAUUUUCUUGUCUGUGGCAGCUCCAUUGGCUUCAGCCUUUGUCAUCCCAGACGAGAGGGUCCUUGCGGAUAUAGUCCCUGAGACUCGAGCCACGAAUGAUCGGUCAUCUAAAGCAGGUGGCGAGAUAAAUGGAAUCUCACCGGAUGAACAUAGAGGUCGGGGAAGAUAUGGAGACUGGCGCGAUGACGAUGGAUAUCCCUCGCACGGAGAUUGGCCCGGAUACGACGAAGACCCGCACGGGAGAUGGCCUGGACACCGAGAUGACGACGAAGACAGACACCACCCUCCACACCCAGGACACGGAGAAUGCAGAGACGACAACGACCACGACAUACACCGACCAAUCGACGCCUGUCCGGGCCCGCUCUGUCACGCAGACAAAACAACAUGGGAACUCAUCAAAUCAAACGAGCAUACAUCCCGACUCGCCGAGCUCCUCACCGACGAUAAAGACCUGGUCGAUAUCCUUAACAGCACAGAGGCAAACCACACCUUCUUCGCGCUGAGGAACCAUGCCCUAGAGGGACUUCCACGACGAAAUGGCCCAAAUCCAAAGUUCAUGUCCAGCUUACUGCGGUAUCACAUCCUGCCUGGUCGAUUAUCCAUCGAGCAUAUCGUGAGCCACGGGACACUACCAACGAAGCUGAUAGAGCCAGCUCUGGAAUCGAGGUUACCGCAGAGGAUUGUUGUUCGAGAGCAUCAUAACGGAGUGAUGUUGAAUCGGAGGAGUAGGGUCGUUGCAGCUGAUAUGACACAUACGUAUGAAGUCCGCUGCACCCACCCCCCCGAGACACGGACAAUGCUACAUCAAGCACCAGCUGACUUCAGCACCUUCACGCUGGCGCUAGCACGCACGAAUCUCGCCUCCAAGCUUGAUCCGGCGAAGCGACAGGGUGGGACAACCUUCGCCCCGACGAAUGCUGCGUUUAGACGGCUCGGGGAGCAUGCUAAUCGGUUUCUGUUCUCAACGCAAGGUGAGAAGUGUUUGCGUGCGUUGAUGCAGUAUCAUAUUGUGCCGAAUCAGACGCUGUACUCGGAUGUUUUGUAUAGUAGGAAUGGGAAGGCUCAUGGGUUGUUUUCUGGACAUGGUAGUGGGGAUGGGCACGGGGGGUAA